AAACUCAACGAGAGAAGCAAGCACUCAGAGACUGAAGGGGCAGGCGGGAGGCAGGCACUCAGCAGGCAGAGCAGAGAGGCAAGGAGGGAGCUCAGGGCUUGGAGCUGGGUACAGCUGCGAACACCCUGUUCCAAUCCUCCUGCAUCCUUCCCAUCCCAGCCACCUUCCUCCCUGACAGCCACCGGAGCAGCAGCCGGACACAGACCCCUUCCAGACAGGUGCGACUGAACCAUGGAGCUCCGAGUGGGGAACAAGUAUCGUCUGGGCCGAAAGAUUGGCAGUGGUUCUUUUGGAGACAUUUACCUGGGUGCCAAUAUUGCCACUGGGGAAGAAGUUGCCAUCAAAUUGGAAUGUGUCAAAACCAAGCACCCCCAGCUCCACAUCGAGAGCAAGUUCUACAAAAUGAUGCAGGGAGGAGUUGGUAUUCCCUCCAUUAAGUGGUGUGGGGCAGAGGGUGACUAUAAUGUGAUGGUGAUGGAGCUCCUGGGGCCCAGCCUGGAGGAUCUCUUCAAUUUCUGUUCCCGCAAGUUCAGUCUCAAGACUGUCCUGCUCCUGGCAGACCAGAUGAUCAGCCGUAUAGAGUACAUUCAUUCCAAGAACUUCAUCCACCGGGAUGUAAAGCCAGACAAUUUCCUCAUGGGGCUGGGCAAGAAGGGCAACCUGGUGUACAUCAUCGACUUUGGCCUGGCCAAGAAGUACCGAGACGCCCGGACCCACCAGCACAUCCCAUACCGGGAAAACAAGAACCUGACCGGCACAGCCCGCUAUGCCUCCAUCAACACCCACUUGGGAAUUGAACAAAGUCGCCGUGAUGACCUGGAGAGCUUGGGCUACGUGCUCAUGUACUUCAACCUGGGUUCGCUGCCCUGGCAGGGCCUCAAGGCUGCCACCAAGCGCCAAAAGUAUGAGCGUAUCAGCGAGAAGAAGAUGUCAACACCCAUUGAGGUGCUCUGCAAAGGGUACCCUUCUGAGUUUUCCACAUACCUCAAUUUCUGCCGCUCACUGCGGUUUGAUGACAAACCUGACUACUCGUACCUGCGGCAGCUCUUCCGUAACCUCUUCCACCGCCAGGGCUUCUCUUACGACUAUGUCUUCGACUGGAACAUGCUCAAAUUUGGAGCAGCCCGAAACCCUGAGGACAUGGAUCGGGAGCGGCGAGAGCACGAGCGAGAAGAGAGGAUGGGGCAACUUCGGGGUUCCGCCACACGGGCACUGCCACCCGGCCCCCCUGCUGGAGCCGCAGCCAACCGCCUUCGCAACGUUGCGGAGCCCAUGGCCUCCACGCCCGCCUCCCGAAUCCAGCAGUCCGGAAACACGUCCCCCAGGGCAAUCUCACGAGUGGACAGGGAGCGGAAGGUCAGCAUGAGGUUACACAGGGGAGCUCCUGCCAAUGUCUCUUCCUCCGACCUCACAGGGCGGCAAGAGGUGUCACGGAUUUCAGCGUCACAGACGAGCGUGCCAUUUGAUCACCUUGGGAAGUGAGGAGAUGUCCCUGGACCAGUGUUUGCUUAGUGUCUUCACUGUAUUUUUCUUUUAAA